AUGGAGGCAGCCCGAUCCGAAGGCAUCCUGGAGAACAACGGCCAUCCAGAAGGCCUGCUGGCACCACCAGGAAUCGAACACAUAGUCAAAGAUCCCAAACAGCCUAUGACCGUGUAUCUCUUUAUCAGGCGAGAAGGGGAACUAGAUCCAGAAGAUCGGCACUGGACUGUGCUGUGGGUCCUUCCCCGGAGCGAUGCAAAACCAGGACAGGUGGUCGUACGGAUCCUCGAGAUUGUUCGAGAGAUCAAUCAUCCCCACCUCACGAAUUGGGGUCCGCUAGCCAGAAUAAGGAGGGCAGAGUCUAUGGAGAAAGCAUUGAUCGCGAUUGGAGAGCUGUCCUUUGCCGAACGGCAGGCACUAGAGAAGAUCGCCAAGAAUACUCCUGUGUAUCGCCCGAACGGCGUCUACAACUGUCAGCAUUGGGUCAUCGAUGUCCUUUCCCAAGCGAUCCACGACAUUCCUUCAUUUGGUCGAACGUCCAUCGAGGAAAUUCUGAGGGUGAACGGGAGACCUGGUCUGUUGUGGUAGUCAUAACAAUCGGAGACCCUGCCCAUGUACUUUUAAUGCACGAGAUCACGAGGGGAUGCCAAGGCAAUACGAAGUGACUUCCAGAUGGAAGGAAGUGAAUAACG